UCUUGCUCUAUCUGUCUCUCUUCAUGUACAGCUUAUAUUAAUGCAUGGUUGAUUGUUUUGCAUGUAGGUUUUUUUUUUUUUUACUUUGCCAUAUCACAUGAGCUUGUUUUUGGAGGGCGUAUCAAAAUAAGUUGUGUCUGUUAGAAACACUGUUUUGGACUCUUUGGUGUAGAUAAUUUGGAAGAUUUGUACCAUCAUCUUCACCUUUCAUGUCAGAACUGGAGCUUCUGAAGCACUAACUUGUCCUUCCUGGUUCACUCCUCUCCUCCUCCUCCUUCUUCCCUCCCUCUUCCAUCUGCCUCUCGCCUAACCGAAGGUGUCUACGGUGACGUGCAGCGUGUGAAGAUCCUUUACAAUAAGAAGGACAGUGCUCUAAUCCAGAUGUCUGAUGGAAACCAAGCCCAGUUAGCCAUGAGCCAUCUGAACGGGCAGAAGAUGUAUGGCAAGAUCAUCCGUGUGACCCUGUCCAAGCACCAGACAGUACAGCUGCCCAGAGAGGGUUUAGAUGAUCAGGGCCUGACCAAGGACUUCACAAGUUCUCCUCUGCAUCGCUUCAAGAAGCCUGGGUCUAAGAACUUCCAGAACAUUUUCCCCCCUUCAGCUACACUCCAUCUCUCCAACAUACCGUGAGCAUGCAGGAGAACAUCAGAUUUGUGUAUAUUU